AUGGAGCCCCAAUCGCCCCCUAAGCGUAUCACGCGCUCCAGAGCUGCAAAAGCUGGCGAAACCACGACAAGCACAAAACCCACAAGAGUAGUUACUGCUGCGGCCAAGGCCAAGUCAAGUGCCACUGCUCCGACGCGAUCCACUUCAGCCAAGAGGAAGACCCGAGCCGACGAUGGCGAAGAUGAAGAACACGAUGGACAAUCACAGCAGUCAGAAACAGCUGCUCGUCCUACAAGAGCAACAAGAGGCCGUCCAAAGAAGGUCACAGAGGAGCCUGCCGAACCAGCGGCUUCAUCAUCAUCAAGCGGCGCGGCAGGCAAGGCCACGCGUGCACGAGCUGCUACUCGCAAGGUCUCCACCACGGAGCCUGCCGUCCCCAAAGAAGAGCCCGUGAAGCCUACUCGCGGUCGACCCAGAAAGACGGCAACUGCAGACGCUCCCGCCAAGGAGGAGGAGCCGGUGAAGAAGACAACGACGACUCGUACUCGCACAGCGUCGGUCACAACAGCAAAGCCCGCCGUCAAGAAGACGGUAACAUUCCAAGAACCCGAAAAGGAAAACAUCGCUCCUGACGCAAGCAAGAAGACGACCGAAAAGCCCACAACUGGCACCGGCCUCCGAGGCAGACCGGUACGAAAGCCUCCCGUUCCCAAGGCUCCUCGCAUCAUCAAGACGCCUGCCGCUGCCACCUCUGCCUCCAAGCCGGAGAAAACUCCUCUGAGCCCUAAGAAGGUCACACAGGUGUCUAUGCCUCGCGACUGCUCCGAUGACGAGUUGGCCGGUCCGGACACGCCCCCGAGACCCAUGAUGAAGAGCCCUGUGAAACCCCCUGCCAGCGCCCUUGCCUCCUCCAAGAACGUCAACCUGCUGCCCCUCGACAAGGCCCCCGAAACUAGGAAUGCCGAGGACGACGAAAACAGCACCAAGUCAGAGGCUCAGGAGGACGAGGUCACCAACACCCUCGCCUCACCAGCCAAGAGACUGCCUACCUCUCCCUACAGAGAUACAAUGAAAUCUCCGGCCAAGCGCGCCGAGGGCGUGUCACUGACGAAACUCGCUUCUUCCAUGAACCCCAGUGCCGAAGAUGGCUCCGCCUCGCCCUUGAAGGCUUCACUUCUUCAUUCCCCUGCCAAGCGCCCGCAGUCUGCCAUGAAGGCCUUCACUUUGCCCCCGGCCAAUGAGGGAGAGAGGAAGAUCUCCAACUUCAAGGCAUCUCUACUUCAGUCACCGGCCAAGCGGCCGCUGUCGCCCAUCAAGGGAAUGAACAUGAAGCCCUCGGAGGUUUCAGAGCAGACGCAACCCCCCGCCACGAAGUCUCUGCUUCUGUCGACACCGACAGCUCUGCGCCCGGUGAAGCGCUCAUCCGAGAAGCUCAUGGCCGAAGAGUCGAACGCUCACGACGACGACGGCGACGAAGAGCUGGACGAAGUCGCGGAAGCCAUGCUCAACGAAUCCAUCCACCUGGAAGAGCCCAUGCAAUUCCCCGGCCGUCUUUCAGCUGUUCUUCCCAGGCAUGCCGACCCUGUUCUGAAGAAGAACAUGCCGGUUUUUGAGGCUGCCAAGGAGCAGGCGCAGCAAAUGAAGCAGGACACAUACUCUCAGCCAACCGGCCUGGUUCUGGAGUCCGAUGUCUUCACGGACAACAACCUUGCCGAUGAUGCUGAGUUUGACGGAGAACCUAUGAUGGUUGACGAGGAGUCGUUUUUCAAGUCACAACCGCAAGAGGCUACACAGGCUACCUUCAAUGCACCCAGCGGUCUUUUCGGUCUGCGUCAAAAGGACAUGGACCCGUACAACAACAUGGACUCUGAUUCAGAUGACGAGCUUGCCAAUAGUCCCCGCGUUUCUGCAGCUCACAAAUUGAUUCCCGCAACUCCUACCCCCGCCAAGUCGAGAAUCUCCAACGUCGGCUUUACCCCUUUGGCACAGCAGCUGAACGCCUGGUCGGCCGCCAGUCCCGUCAAGACACCCAGGCGCGCCGUCACCCCGGGGCGCUCGUUGGCUCGGGCACCUGAGGGACUUACUCCGGCUGCCGGGUCUCCUCGCGUGGAGGAAUCUCCUCUUCGAAGCACUUACUUCGAGGAUGAGAUGACUGUCCGAGCGGACAUGGAUGCUCAGAACGAAAUUGAGGCCGCUAUUGAUGCCGAAAUCGAGGCUGCUGCAGACGCAGAGGACCCGGAGUUCGAUGACCUCAUGGUCACCGACGAAGAUAUGGCCCUGGCCGCUGAGGCAAACGAGAUGUCUCUGCUGGAGCCUGAGGAGCUAGAUGAGAUCGUCAACACUUCCAACAGCUUUGACGACACUCUGUCAGAGGCGAGCCAAGAGUAUGGUGACGAGAAUGAGAUGCCCGUUGAUCCUGCCAUGUUCAAUAGCGACACUUCUGUCCCGCCCACCACUCCCAACCGAAUCAUUGCGCGCGAGUUCCAUACCGUUUCCAAGGUUCCUCUCAAGGCCUCGGACGAGUCUACUCCGCGCCCCAAGAAGAAGCGUGCGGCCAGCAUAUCCCGACUUUCGGCCAGCCGCCCGAGCCUCAACAGAAGCGCCACUGUCAUCUCCUACUCGCCCAGCCGGAAGCACAAGGCCGAGGAGGGGCAGGAGCAGGAGGACGAGGAGGAGAGCGAGGAAAACCAGCCUGAUUUCGCGCCCGUAACACCGGCCAAGUCCGAUGUCUGGUCGAGUCUGGGAACACCAGCUCGCACGCCUCGCAGAGACCUUAACCCCAGGCUCCUCCGCGGUGCCGUCGUUUUUGUCGAUGUGCACACCACAGAGGGUGCGGACGCCAGUGGCAUCUUUGUCGAGCUUCUCACUCAGAUGGGAGCACGAUGCGUCAAGACCUGGACAUGGAACCCCAGCGCUACCAGCAGCUCGGAUGCCGCCAAGAUCGGCAUUACCCAUGUCGUGUUCAAGGAUGGAGGCAAGCGUACGAUGGAGAAGGUCAGAGAGUCCAACGGCGUGGUCCAAUGCGUUGGUGUCAGCUGGGUCCUUGACUGUGAGCGUGAGAACGAAUGGCUCGAUGAGACACCUUACUACAUUGACACGUCGUUGGUUCCCCGAGGUGGCGCACGCCGCCGCAAGAGCAUGGAACCGAGGGCUCUGGCGAACCAGAAUGGCAUGCUCGUUCCCACACCCGUCAAGGCUGGCCGUGAGGCCAGGACGGCGCCGAACACCCCCAUGAACCGACGCGACAGCACCGUUUGGAUGCACACGCCUUCAGACGAGGCCGAGGACGACGAUGAUGACUGGCAGGGACUGAUCUCUCCUGUCCCCGCCACACCAGCACCGGAGGCGCUUGCUCGCUAUGCUGCCGAGACGCCCUCCGGGUCGACGGAGUAUGACUCGUCUCCGACUAAGGCGCUGUUGAUGCAAACCUGCCCACCCAAACCAAACAACUACGCUCAGAUGGGCGAUGGCAUCCUCAACAGGGACAAGGACGAGAGCGUCAUGCAGCGCCUGAUGGCGGCUCGUAGAAAGAGCUUGCAAUUCGCUCCCAAGGUGGGAAGCCCGUUGGCCAAGGCCUGGAAAUAG